UAUUGCGUGGUUAGAUGGUUGAUCAAAGAGUACUUUUAUAAUAGGUACCGGUGGUUGAUGUAAUAGCGUACAGUGAAUAGCGGCAUGCCCGUGAAUGAUGCAAAACAUCCCAAUAGUCGUUUGUAUUACCGCGAGUCAUGCGAUCAGUCGUAAUAACUUCAGUUCUACUCACGUAGUAACGCGGAUACAUGCCAUGGUAUCGUGAAUCUUCGUUUCCACGCAUUUCCUUGGACUAUUGAGCAGUAGAAUAUAAUGGCUGGGUCCACGCUACCCGAAAGGGUAGCACAGAUAUAUUAUACGUAUGGUUUGUUUUGCUCUUCCUAUCCUGUGGUCGCGAUCACAUUGGCUCUCUCCGUCGUACUAUUGUGUUGCUACCCGUUAUUGAAUGUUCCUCUGCCGGGCAACAUACCAAUAGUGGUGAACGUACCACUGGAUGUAAACAGAGCUCAGCUCUUCACUAACGCAGAUUGCGGAACAAACAAUUGUCAGCAAACAGAAUCUACACCACAGGAUCUGUACUUCAAUGAAACACAAAAACUUCCCUAUGUCUGGGCUAAAGAAAAACCAUUGCUUUAUGUUCAGCAGGUUAUAUUAAAAAUAGGGGUGUCACCAUGGACAAAUAAUCUGAAAAUAUGGGAUGCAUUCAGAGCACCACUCCAAGAAGUGUUCAGGCUGCUGGAGACUGUGCGAAACCAUGAAGACCCUGAAACGAAAACUACGUUACUGCAGCACUGCUAUCAGAUAGAGGGCAUCAAGCGACGAGACAGCCGCGCGAGCUUGGAGCGCGUGCUCCCCGAGUACGGCUGCCUCCUACUCUCCCCAGCCAGUCUCUGGCAACAGAGUCUCCAGACAUUCUCCCUCGAUGCUAACAUCAUCAGCACCGUCUAUAAUUAUCAGAACCUUCAACGCGGGAAGGCGUCCAUCGCUGAGAUGGCGUUCGGCAUGCAGCUGCGCGACUCUGGCGUCAAGCGGUAUCCGCUGCGCUCGCGCCCGCGUGUUCUGCAAUACGCCGUCACCAUCUUCUAUCGGCAAGCUGACCAGCGAUUUAUUCAAUCGCUGACGAAAAAGUUGAAGGAAAUGUAUCCCCUGUACCAAGACAAGCCGUACACUCACGUGGAGGAGGUCACACUAAUCUACUACCCGGGACAGUUCAACUACCACGAGCUCGUGCCCUUGAUGAUAACCUUCAUAGGCCUCUUCCUAUACGUGUAUUUUUCCGUUAGAAAAAUUGAGUUCAUAAAGUCGAAAUUUGGUUUAGCAGCGUGCGCAGUACUCACCAUAGCUGGGAGCCUUUCUAUGUCCAUGGGCAUCUGUUACUACUUCGGAUUCUCUUUAAGCCUUCAAGGUAAAGAAAUUUUCCCAUACCUAGUGAUCAUUGUGGGGUUAGAAAACGUGUUGGUGCUCACGAAGAGCGUGACAUCCACGGAUUCCCGGCUAGACGUCAAGAUCCGCUUGGCGCAGGGUCUCAGCAAGGAGGGCUGGUCCAUUACUAAGAAUUUGCUCACUGAAAUAACAAUAUUCACCGUAAGUUUCUUCACAUUCGUCCCCUUCAUCCAAGAGUUUUCCAUAUUUAUGAUAGUAAGCUUAUUAUCAGAUUACUUCAGUCAAAUGGUCUUUUUCGCUACAAUACUCGGUAUAGACGUACGGCGAAUGGAACUGUUUCAAGAGCGGAAUAGUAAAUUGCAUCUGAAGGAAUAUUUUAAUGCGAACAAUGCGUUGAACUGGCGUUACAACAAGGGUUACGGGGAUGAGAGCAGCGUGUCGCCACAUCGAAUGACUAAGUCGAAGUCGCAUCCUCGACUGAACGGAUUGGCGCAGAACAGUCCGACGGACGUGGUGGCGAAGCGGAACAGUAGCCCGGGCGGGCCCGACCACCGCGUGCCCAAGAGGAUCCGCCUGGUGAACAUGUGGGCGCGCACGCGGUUCUUCCAGCGCGCGUUCAUGCUGUGGAUGCUCGUGUGGAUAUCCAUGAUAGUGUACAACUCGGGCGUGGUGGACUACUUUAUUACCAAUGUGGAGAAGAGCGAUACUCCGGAAUCUAGCAAGCGGGACGGGGAUACGAACGGGCCGAAGCAGUCUAUGUCGAGCUACUACAACAGCAGCGGACGCAACCCGCUGGUGUUCCCUCCGCUCCUCGAGCUGGAGCCGGACACGUCCACGGUGGCCGCCAACGAUACUAUCUUCUUGAAGCACUCGCCACACUCACACCCCUGCUCUAGAUUAUCCCCGUACCACUGGUCAGCGAUUCUGUCUCAGUACAACGAGUCUGUAGCGGGCCGACUAGUGACUCUGCUACCGCCGGUGCUGUUGAGCCAGCGCGUUAGCCCCGAACUAGCGGCCGGCGUGCGCAACCCUGAAGAGCGCGAGCCUCUGCUGCGGUGGCAAGCGCUCGCCGCUGCGCUCGACCCUAUCGACACUAGGCCUGAGUUCGAGCCGUUGGACAGCAAGGGGGCAGCCCCCCAGUGGGGCAAGGCGGCCGAGCUGCCGAUCUACCCCACAACUCCCAUGGAGAUCUUGCUGUUGGCAAUCCUCUGCACCAUCAGCGUCGCUGUCAUCGCGUACAUGAUGGUGGUUCUCUACAGGUGCGUGUGCUCACGACAUUAUGCGGAGUGGCGCGCGUCGUGGAAUGAUGACGAAGAGUAUAGGAAGAUCAUCGCCAAGCAACCCGCGGUGCAGUUAGUAAUGGAAGCGGUCCCGUUGGUGGUGGCGGGUCACAGCCAGGAAGUGGAAUGUCUGGUGACGGACGGUGAGAAGGUGGUCAGCUCCUGUCUACAAGGGAACAUCAAAGUAUGGGACUCGCAGAACGGUGAUAUCAUCACCAACAUCGAUCGUGGCGCAUUUUUCAAGUUGCAAAAAGAUCUCUAUGAGAAGUUUAAUGCCAAGAAAACAACCGCGACAUACGACACGAUUGAAGUGCGCCCAACACCAGAACACGUUCCAAAGACCACUGAGAUUGUGCCCAGGCUUCGCAAAGGUCUGAGCAGCCACCUUAGUGGUCUGCGCUUCCGGUCCGCUGUUCGCGACUCGCCCCCCCAUCUUUCCGCUGCUGAUAUCACUAAAUACAACUUUACAAGAAACUACAGAGAUCUGUACUGCAACGAUCAAACCGAAGAUUUGUUUAACUUGUAUGAGGCUAAAGAGAAUGUGGAUUCGAGUAACUUUAAUAUAAAUAGGAAAGAUUUAAGUGCAACUAGUAUUAAGGACAGUGAAGUUUGUGAUACAAGUGUUAUGUAUUUAAACUCUCGUGAGGAUGAUGCGAAUAGUGUAAAUAGUCGUAAUCCUAGGCUGACUAAUGGCAACUGUGGGAAUGAGGAUAGAGAAGACUCAGUGACUAAUUUGAACUGGAAAGGGAAAUCGAUAAGAGAAUCUCCCGUGUGGUGUAUGGACUUUUGUAACGACUUAGUUAUAUUGGGCUGUGCUGACGGUAGACUCGAGUUCUGGGAGGCAACAUCUGGGAAAUUGAUGUGCCUGUGGUGGAGCGUGGAGAGCCGCGGGGGCGGCGCGGGUGCGGCGGGAGUGACGCACGUGCGCGCAUUAGCGGGCGCGCGGCGAGUGUGCGCAGCCUCGCUCGCCGGACACCUCACACUGGUGCGCGUCGACGCGUACAACCCCGCCUCCGGUGCACAUGUCGACUGGCGAUUCAGCACUGCACACCGGCGAACUCACAAAAGAACUGGAUCAGCGGGCUCCCUGCGGAGCGCACAUGGCAUGGAUGAUGAAAGUCGGGCCAGGUUGAGCUUCUCCUAUGACACCGAAUUAAGCGAUGGAGAAGAGGUAGUGUGCGCACGCAUCGCGCAAUGUCGACCACACCAGCAGCCCAUCACGGAAAUGCACUGUGAAGGUGGCCGUGUGCUUACUGGUGGACAGGACCAUGUGCUUAAGGUAUUUUCAAGUUCGGAUUUAAACCCUCUAUUUACACUUCACGGUCACUGUGGACCCAUCACCAGCUGCUUUAUCGACCACGCCAACCCCACCAUCGGUGGUAGCGGCUCGCAAGACGGACUGUUAUGUGUCUGGGAUCUACACACAGGGGCGUGUUUAUAUAGUAUGCAAGCUCAUGACGGCGCAGUCACGUCACUCGCAUACACCGCUUCCUAUGUUGUGUCUGCCGGUGCCGAUGAAAGACUUUGCAUUUGGGAUCGCUUUCAAGGGCACAUGCUUAACUCUAUACACAUAGGCUUGAACUACAUGAGCCGUAUGCUGCCUUUGACACACACGCUGCUGGUAAUGGGGGACCGCAGUGGUCUCACCGUGUACGACCUCAGCAGCGGUGACGUUAUUCGACGGGUGCUACUGGGACAGACGGACGGCUGCAUCUUCGUGAGGCAGAUACUGCCUCUGAAAGACGCAAUAGUGUGCGACUACGCGAACCAAUUGCGUAUCGUACGCUUCCCGCUUGUGUCGCGGCUCUGUGAUAUGAAGAGUGAAUAAACAUUACACCGAAUAUACUUAUAUCACAAUCAGGCGUUGCCUCCUAAUUAUGACGGACUGGAAACGAUAGACUUUAAUUGUGUCUUAAAUUAUUCAUCAAAAAAGUUAUAUAGUAAGCAUAAAAUUAUAUUUAUAAGCGUAAAAUCACUGUUGAUUGUUUUUGUUAUAUAUUUUGUUGCUCUGGUAAAGGGAUCAACAUUUCAGUAAUACAGUUAAUUGAAAUAAAUGUAAAUUUGUUAAUUCCAAGAUGCACUGCUGCUAUAUAAUUAAUACAUAAUAUAAAAUAGUCCUACUACUGGCUUCCCAAUCAACAGGGGGAUUAUAAUAAAAGAUAUAUUUGACGAACUGUGAUGACUGAUGAGCUGAAGAGAGGAGAUUUAAUAAGGCGGACGGACUUCAGUAAUCAGUUUAAAACAAGAAUAAUAUUAGAAUUAACGGAAAAUUGAUUAAUAAACCUGUGGCAAAUAUAGUUUACAACGGGGUAUUUUUUAUAAAAUUUUUACUCAUUUUAUUUUCUAGUCUGAGCCAUAAUUGACAAUUAAAAAUUUUAACAUUUACGUUGAAUUCUCUUGAUUAUUAUUAUACAUAUAUUUGGACAAUCGAAGACGCUUGUAAAUUUGUAGUAUUUAUCUCACCGUUGCUGAAUUGAACGGCCGGCGUCUCAAUUGCGCGAAAAUAAUUGGAUCAAUUUAUCAUAAACAGCCCACUUGUACUCGAUUCCAUUCAGGUAUUGUAUGGAUUAUAUCACAAUGACCCAUACUCAUUGUGCAAAAGAGAAUCAUUUCGACUUAUUCAUACAGGGACUCUGACGAACUACUACAAAAUUAUUAAUGCCUAUACUAUUAAUGCCUAUAAUAUUAAUGCCUAUACAACUGGCAAACUGACUACUGAGCUCAAAACGAAUACCCAUGUUACCGUUAGUAUGAAAAUGAUCGCUAAUUACCCUUUUUUAGUUCGUUAACUUAUUUUAUUUAGUAUAAAAUACACUGCGGUUGAAACAAUGGUAUUGUUGUGAAUAUUAUUGUUUUUAAGAAUACUUGGGAUUACAAUCCAUUAAAUAUUAUGGUUUGAUUCAGUAGCAUAUUCGUAAGAUGUGUGUAUAUAGUACCUAUUAACUUUAUAUUUUCUAAAAUAUAUGCAAUUCAAGAAAGAUACUUGUCAAAUCUACUUUUGUUAUUAUAAUAUCAUCUUUGCCACCAGAAUAUGUCGGUGACCGAGAGUGCCUUCCGUAUAUUUAUUACGAAAAGUAGUUUCAGAAAAUGAUCAUAUCAUAAUAUAUUUAUUCUCAGGAUAUUGUUGAUAACUUAACGUGCUAUAUACAUAUUCACCCGCAAUCCGACUGUCACAGGUAUAUUUUUACAAUCUGAUUUAAGUUUAUCCUUACUGUGUAUUAUACUUUCUUUGUUCCUACCUAUUGUUGAAUAGUUAAAAAUAUAGUUUCCGUCAAAGGUGUGAUUCUGAAGCACGCUGCCGACGGUAGCUAUGAAGGCACGUGUGUGUCAGGAUGGUGUGAGAGAUGUCUGAAUAGUCACGAAAUGUUUACGUAAUAACUGUACCUGCACUGUACUAAACUGUACCUAUGCUCAUGAAAACUGUACCUCAAGCAAUUCAAUAUUAAAUAGAUAGUGAAAUAUGCACGCCAUCCUGACGUCAGCUUGGCGCGCAUAGUCGGAUAUCGCCCAAACGUGUGGGAACUAUGUUCUGAAACAUGCUUCAAUAAACUGUACCUCAUAAAACUGCCAAUGAAAAAAAAAUAUAUUCGCACUUGAUAUCUAUAAAAUCAAAAUAUUUUUUUUUCUAUUUAUUUUUAUCUAUAUAUUCAUAACUAGAUUUCGCGUGGUUCGUAUUAGUUCGAAGCUUUGUAUGGCGGCCAUCUUGUUUUUUGCCGGCGAAAGAAUUUGACCAAGACUCGAAUAUGUCUCGUGAAAUCCAAAAAGUUCUAGGUGCUAUAGUUUUGCCAGGCCGUAGGGUGUCUCCCUGACGCGGAGCAAUUUUCAAAGAUGACGUUCCGAUCACACCCCUAUACAUCAUUUUUACACCCGAGACAUUUUCGGGAAAAACAAAACUUUGUAUGGCGGCCAUCUUAUUUUUUCGCCAUUGUUUUUUUUUCACCGACCAUUAAAUUCGACCAAGAUUUAAAUAAGUUUCGUAAAAACAAAAAAGUUCCAGGUUCGAUAGUAUAGUCAGGCCGUAAGGUGUCUCCCUGAUGCGGAGCAGUUUUCGAAGAUCAACAAGUAUUUCCAUAUUCAACAUGACGUUUCGAUCACAUUCCUCUUACACAUCAUUUUUACCCCCGACGCAUUUUCUAGAAAAAUAAAAUUUUGUAUGGCGGCCAUCUUGUUUUUCCGCCACUUUGGUUAUUUUUCACCGGCGAUUGGAUUUGACCAAAAUUUGAAUAGGUUUUGCGAAAAAAAAUUGAUCCAGGUAUAAUAGUUGCGCCAGACUGUAGGGUGUCUCCCUGAUGCGGAGCAGUUUUCCAAGAUCUGGAAGUUUUCCCAUACUCACCGGGUGGUCCCGAUCACAUCCCCUAUACAUCAUUUUCAUCCCCCGACGCUCCUUCUGGGAGAACAAUUAUGUCAGUGAGUGAGUGAGUGAGUCAGUCAGUCAGUCAGUGGGUUUGUAGCUAUAUAUAGUUCCCACACGUUUGGGCGAUAUCCGACUAUGCGCGCCAAGCUGACGUCAGGAUGGCGUGCUUGAGGUACAGUUUUCAUGAGCAUAGGUACAGUUAUUACGUACACAUUUCGUGACUAUUCAGACAUCUCUCACACCAUCGUGACACACAUGAAGGCACUAUACUAUCAGUGUACAGAAGUGCGAGACCGAUUUUGACAAUAUACGUCAGUUGAUGCGCCCUCGCGACCCGUGCAUGCACCCACUGGCUUCACCCUCCAGUGGGUGUAUGAGUAAGUCCUGUUUACCCGUGUACCCACUGCGUCAAUAAAUAUCGAUUCUUUUAAUCGAUAAUAUUAAAAUUAAAAUAAUAUGUACGAUAAGCCAAUUGUUUAUUAAAACUGACCAAAGGAGACUUGGAUUACAUUCCAACAGUUUCAACCUCUUUACAUAGCAUUGUACCUAUUUAUUCUAUAUAACAGUGGGUACACUGGUAAACAGGAAUUACCCAUACACACACCGGUGGGUGAAGCCAGUGAGUGCACGGGUCGCGAGGGAGAUGAUGCCGGCUGUUGCAUUUGGCAAUUAAUGCCGAUGUAGCACAGUAAAUGUGCUUAUAUAUUUACUAUGCCAGUAGUGUCAUCGCUGGCCAUCGUACAUAGAUUCCGAAUCCGAACUAGCCUGAAGUAAAAGUGGAAAUCCGUAAUAUCUGCCUAUUUCAGUGUGAAGUUAGCGUGAUCUUAUGCAUGUGUUGUAUUAGCGUUGCCACACUAUCGAUAGUUUGACAUUGAGAUUGAUUACAUGCAAGUUUUCAUACUGAUCAUCAGUGCCGUCGUGUUCGGCAGCCGCUGCCGUCGGCCACGUACAUCGCACUCGCACCUGAAGACUACUAAAUAGUGCAUUCGUUAUUGAAAUGCAAUACUAUCGAUAGUAUUGCUGUAUGACAGUAGUAUCGAACAACCCGAGCUAUCGACAGCAUUGACGUAUUAAUAUGAUCGAUACUAUAGAAAAUAUUCGAGGCUAACUAUAAUAGUCAAACUAACGACAGUGUGGCAACACUAAUAAACUGCUGUUAAAUGUAUACGACGGCUUUGACACCAGGCGACAUCGGUCGUCAGCGAGGUGCCGCGGAAUCGCACACCACAAGUAGGAGCGGGUCAGAAGCCUUCGUUCUCACCGAGGCAGAUUCAACACAGGUCCGCAUUACUUUCAAAAUUUGACCAUCUGAUUCAAAAUGGCAAUUUCUAAUAAUAUCUAAGGCGCACAUAGCUAUACUAGCCAUUUAUACAAUAAUAGUAAAUACUUGGACUAACAUUAAUGAAUAAUCUUUAAACAACUAUAUAAAUCUACUAAGGGAACGAAUAAUGUCCAUCAUUAAAUAAAGGCAAAGAAACACUGUAUUUAAUUACAUACUUUUUUUAUUA